AGACGAGCAUUGGCUCUCUGUGCACGAAGGACGUUGGUAGGGACCCGACGAAAAGAGAAAGCCCGUUCUUGCUAAUCAGGCCCCGCCCCACAGACAUAUAUUUCGCAGUUAUGCCGCUAUGCUCCUCCCUUCCUCCUGAAAUCUAUACUCUGAUUGCAGCGCAUCUCGGUCUCGGCGACGUCUAUGCUUGUGUCUUUGUCUGCAAAGAGUGGUAUCAAAACUUUGUGCCUACACUAUACACUUCGUUGAAUGUAAGACAGUUUCGACCCGAUGCCUAUAACAGUGUUCGACUGUCAUCGCCGUUGUUGGGUCCAGCCGUUCGCGAACUGUCUAUCGACGAAGGCGUCUUGACCGAUGGUGCAAUAAAGAGCUUUGGCACAGUAUGUCCGCACAUCACAUCCCUGUAUUUUCACUGGCUAUACGGAAUAAGCAGUAGAACAUCUUCGCGUCGUUUGAAAAACAACAUCGAUCCACACUACUCUUCUCACUCGUGCAUACCCUUGUUAAAGUCGAUCCACGCAACAACACAGCUCCAACGUUUAAUGCUCUGUUGCUUUGGAGUAACCGCAACCGAUGAUAUCGCCAACUCUCCUUCCUAUAAGAUCGAGUUCCUCAAUCAAACCUUGUGUCACACGCCUAAUUUACGCUCACUAUCCUUAAUUGGCGUAUUGCCAACACUGCGCGCUACGGAUUUGGAUGUCAUCCAUUCGCACUGUCCGCAAUUAUCCGAACUAAAACUGACCGGUGCAAAUGCGCUUUUGACUGGCGGUAGUGCCGACCAAGGCGUUGAUACGGGAUAUCCACACAUGAGAAGAAUUGCGCUCGUUUACCCUUCAGGGUGGUCUAGGAUUGCGGAUUGGUUGUAUGGCUUGUCUCGUCGUUAUCCAAAUCUCCAAGUUUUGGAUCUCGAAGACUCGGCUCGAGGAUCCAUAAUUCCUCGCACUGACAAUGCAGUGCUCGAACAAGCUUUCUCUGCUUUUGCUAGCCAACAUUGCAACAGUCUUGAAAAAGUGCGGCUUGUUCACUUGAAUAUACUCUGUUUCCAGGUCUAUCGAUCUUUUCUGGCUCCACUGUCCAAGUUACGCGAUCUGACUCUGCAUGACCGCAAGUCUAUGGAUAUCGGCGAGCUGCUGGACACGCUAUCGCCUCCGAUGUCCCACAACUGCAACAACAGCCUUGUGUCCCUGGAUACACACCAGUCCUCAUCACGUGGUCCGGCUACCGUGCUCUCAGGCCGCUGCAUAGCAUUCCUGACGACACUCAAUAUUGAUAUGACAAACAAGGACUUUCAUUUUGAAAAUCUACUCGACAGCUGCAACUCUAUAAAGGAGCUUACAAUAACGCAUGGCAACCUGUCCUUUACAGCAACAACACCAGCAAUACAAUGUCGUGCAUCGACAACACUUAAUCAACUGCGACUGAAAAGGACACGUCUUCCAUGCAACAGCAUCACCCUCAUUCUCUCACAUUGUCCGAAACUACGCUCUUUAGAGCUUAAUGUUUGCGGCAUCUAUGCGUCAGACGAAUCACGCGAGAUUCGACUAAAUUUCUCAGCUGCGCCUAUCUUGGAAUCUGUCAGUUUGAUGAACACUAGCGUCAAUUUUAACCUCAAGAAGAAAUCCAAAAACCAACAGUGGGAUCAUAUAUCCAUUUACGCAUUCUCCUGUGGCUCUACAACUUUAAACAUCAAAGCGCCUGCUCGCAAAAAACGUCGCUGCGACCCACAUUCCGAGAACCGACGCUGGUAUUUCAUACCGUACUGGCAAUAUAACUCAAACUGUACACACUUUGAUGUCGAUCCCAACGAGCAACUUUUCGUUGUAAAUCCGGUUUCAAUGAGAGAGUUGGAAGCAAAGCAAAUGGAGAAAGUGAUUGGACAGAAAAAUGAAUGGCAUCCGGAACGCUAUCCUCAGAUCCUUAACGAUCAACACUUUCCCAAUUCAAGGCCGGCUGGUUAUAUGUUCAUAUCGUGCGGACCUAAAUUGAAAUAUUUGCGCAUUAACGGACGAAGACUGCGCAAAGCUUGUUGACACGGUGUGUGAUUCAAAGCAAUACAUUCAAGAACACCUAAAUAAACUUCAUGCGCAGCUCAGACCUGUUUUAAUUCAAUGUUCCAAACCGACCGCGUCUUUUAUUUACACUUGUGCUAUCAUGUGGCAGCAAAAAUACGCGUUUGCUAUUGUACGAGCAGUAAACGGGUUUCGGAAUUAACGUGCCUGAGAAACGAUAGCAACUGUUUCAAAGAUGUCUACUUUGAUGAAAUUUAGCUAUAAUCCAUCCAAAGCAUACAUGCUACAUGCAGCGGGUGUGCUUUUAAAGGAUGAAGAGCGGAAGUGCACAUUAAUAGCUCAUUUAUACCAUGCAAGUGUAUGAAGUACACAACGUUACUAUACAUAAUGCACGUUGUAGUAUCAUUACAUAAACAUAACUCAAC